AUGGUUCAGUCCGCAAGCGCGCCGCGUCCACACUCGUUUUUAUGACCAAGCGUGCAGAUAAAACGGGCUCUCUUGAUUCUGUCAGCCAUUUAUCCCGUCAAACGACUCGCCCGUGUUGCACUAUCUAAAUGAGGAGUAAAUAAAUUUACUCUAGCCAUGUCAGUUUCUGAGCCAGCGUCAGUGGACUCUGGCGGAGCGGGAGGGUAUGGAGCCUUUUACCCGGCUGGAUACCAGGCGCUGAACCCGGAGGAGCACGGCCUAGACCGCGGCUUCCGACUCACGGCCUUCUCCGAUCUGAAGGGAUGAGGGUGUAAAGUCCCGCAGGAGACUCUGCUCAAACUCCUGCAGGGACUAGAGCCGGACCGCCUGCCCGGAGAGGACGGCGGCUCGGGGGCGGGUGUUGGAGACGAGACCGCUGAAUUCGGACUUGUUUCAGUUGCUCAGGGUCCUCGACUAGGGAUUGGAAUGGACUCGUGUGUGAUCCCUCUGAGGCAUGGAGGUCUUUCCCUGGUCCAAACCACAGACUUCUUUUAUCCUUUAGUGGAGGAUCCUUACAUGAUGGGACGAAUUGCUUGUGCAAAUGUUCUGAGUGAUCUGUACGCCAUGGGCAUCACUGAGUGUGACAACAUGCUCAUGCUUCUCAGCGUCAGUCAGAAGAUGAAUGAGAAGGAGAGAGAUCAGGUGUUGCCUCUGAUGAUGAAGGGCUUCCGUGAUGCAGCAGAGGAGGCUGGGACUUCAGUAACCGGGGGACAAACAGUCAUCAAUCCCUGGAUCAUCAUCGGGGGCGUGGCUUCUGUGGUGUGCCAGCCCAAUGAUUUCAUCAUGCCUGACAGUGCUGUACCUGGAGAUGUGUUAGUUCUGACUAAACCUCUGGGAACUCAAGUAGCAGUGAAUGCCCAUCAGUGGCUGGAUAUACCUGAGAAGUGGAACAAGAUAAAGUUGGUGAUAUCCAGGGAGGAGGUGGAGCAAGCUUAUCAGGAGGCUAUGCUCAAUAUGGCCACCCUCAAUCGCACUGCUGCUGCCUUAAUGCACAAAUUUAAUGCACACGCUGCCACAGACAUCACAGGCUUCGGGAUCAUAGGUCACGCACGGAAUCUCGCCCAGCAGCAGAAAAAUGACGUUGCCUUUGUCAUUCACAACCUUCCCAUUAUCUCCAAAAUGGCCGCAAUCAGUAAGGCUGGUGGCAACCUGUUUGGGCUUCUGCAGGGCACUUCCUCUGAAACAUCAGGUGGUCUGUUGAUCUGCUUGCCACGGGAGCAGGCAGCCCGCUUUUGUGCCGAGAUGAAAUCUAGUCGUGUGGGUUUGUCGGGAGCUGUGGGGCAGGACGGAGGGGCGGGCGAUGGGCAGCAGGCUUGGAUCAUUGGCAUCGUGGAGAAGGGCAAUCGCUGCGCCCGCAUCAUUGACAAACCUCGGAUCAUUGAGGUCCCGUACCGUGGCUCUGUGGUCAGCACACAGGAGGGGAGCAACAAUAAUGCCAGUCCUCCUGAGGUGCAGCUGACCUAACUCCACAUAACAGACACAGAGUAUGUGUGGUUACUCCUGCUGUCCAUUUCCUCCCCCUGUUCAACCAAAGCGUUGAGAGCGACAGACCAAAAAUACUUAGAUUUACCUGGUGGGAGAUGGAAUGGACAACAAGAAAACUUAUUUUCAUCUCUCAUUCUUUUAAACACACACACACACCUCCACUUUGUUUCCCUUUUUUGCAAAUUGAGCUGUUUUUCAGCUGUUCUUUAAAGGAAUGGUUCACCCAAACAGCAAGUUAUUUAGCCUCAUGUUGCGGAAUAGAUUUUCUAUUCCGUAUUUGUUUUAUUUUCUAGCACACAUAGCUAAACAUUUUUACAUCAACCUGAGGGGCAAGCCGACAUCUCGCUUCUUAAAAAAUGGAUCAAAAUAAUACAGUUUCUGCAUAAAACAAGAAAAAGUUUAAGGAAGCAGAACAUCUUAUCUUUUAUGCUUCAAUUAAAAGUUAAAUGAUAUUUGUACUGGAAUGAAAAAAAAAGUACUGUGUAAGAAAGUCACAUUUUACUAUCAGCAGACAGAAUUUGUUCAAAUUUGUGAUCCAUCAACUUUAGUAGCAGAUCACUGAAUGAGUGAGUAAUUAUGGUUAUGAGGAAAAGUGCUCGAAAUGAUUGUUUCAUGUCCCUCUGAAAAAAUAACAACACAUGGGUUUAGAAUAACAUGAAUUUGAGUAAAUAAUAGAAAAAAUGUAAAUUUUGGGGUGAACUAUUCCUUUCUCUAGAAAAUGUUUUUUUUUUUUUUUUGUAAUUCUUUCUGCUUUACGAGGUGGUGGCUUUGGGACCUCACUAAAAUGAAGCCAGGCUUACCAAGAAAACAUUCCAGUGAGUUCCUGAUCAAUCAAACGCUUUGAAUAGCAAUGAUCCUAUAGUGACAAUCAAAAGUCAUCUGACAGAGGUGUCAAAGCUGGACACACUAUCACACCAAUGUAUCAUGGGGCCUGAAUAAUCAUAAUCAUCUGUUUAAUUGUGAUAUUUAUUGGUACAAUCAAUAUUGAAUUUGUGUCAAAGAUUUAAAUCCAGUUAUCCAAAUUUCAAGUGUUUUUAUUUUAUGUGAUGCUAAUCUUGUACAGUCCACAUAGGUCUGAAUGUUCCACCUGUUUUAAUAGGACAUCCUUGUAACACUGACAUAUGCCUGGUAAAAUUAGGUUAAUGUUCUCUCUUGUGGUUCGUUUUCCUAAAUAGAGUGACCUUACGCUGGUUAGACUGGUUCUUCAUUCAUUAGAAUAUGGGUAACGUGUGUCAUGGUUUUAGGGGCAGCAGUUAAUUCUGAAUGAUUGUGUUGAGACAUAUGGAUGAUGUGCAUCGGAAACUCUCUUUCUUCUCUCUCAUUCAAUCUGUUGAGCAGAAGAUAAGGUAGUCUGGUUCUCUCUUUUGUAUUUGAGAAAGGGUUGAGCAGCUUUCUCUGGUCCAGCGGGUGAGCCCAGAAUGCCUGUUGUGCCAAUUGAAUGGCUGGGACAGAACAGCAGUGUCCACAGUCCUCUUUAUGACGCCUCUCUCUCUAAACCCAGCUCAUGGGACGGGUGAGGUUGAUGUUAAAUAGGAAGGGAUAAGCUGAUCUGCCAUGUUCAUUCACUUGCCACUGGUUUUGUCAUUGCAGUUUUCAUCUGUAAUAAACCUGUCACUUCUCUAAA